GAUUCAUCUCCUCUUCGUACUUUGUUCCCCAGUAGCAACUACCAGUUAUAUUAAUCAAAGGAUUAAUAUUUUACAAAUAUUUAUUUAUAUAAGAAAAUCAUGAAGUUCCUUGUGAGUGCUUUGGAAUUAUUUGUGGUGGCUGUUCUGGCAUUAGUGACAAUAGUCCAUGGUCAAUUCCCCAAUAGAUAUCCAUAUUAUCCUGAUAAUUAUUACGGAAGGCGAAUUGCAAUUCUAAGACAGACACAUGAUCAAUCACCUGAUGGCUCCUAUGCAUUUAGCUACGACACAGAAAAUGGGAUAUCAGUAGCGGAACAAGGUCAGCCAAAGAACGGAGGUCCUGCAGGUCAAGUGGAAACGGUGAGAGGUCAGUACAGUUACACGGCGCCAGACGGAACACCAAUUGUUGUUUCAUAUUUUGCCGAUGAAAACGGAUUUCAAGCAAGUGGGGCACAUUUACCAACACCACCUCCAAUUCCUGUUGCGAUUCAACGAGCCUUGGCGUAUAAUGCCGCUCAUCCUGAGGAAGAGGAGCCAUACAACAGGAGGUACUGAAUGGCCAUCACAGCGCAAAUCUUCUUUUUUUUUCUUUUUUGAUAAAUGUCUCUCUGUGUGUAAAUUAUAUAAGAUAAAACAAGAUUAAAAAAAAGGAAAAAAAACAAUUAUUAUUGUUAACCGACAUAAUAUUAUUUCAUUAGAAAACCCAGUACAAAAAGUACCCAGUACUUUCCUAAAGUUGACAUCGACGCUCAGCAUCGUAAACUUUUUUUUAUUUUUAGUGAUAAAAUUUUAACUAAAUUUACUUCUUUCAUUCAUCUAGAAAGUAUCUAAUACCCUUUUAACCUUAAACCUUGGGAAAAAUUAAGUGAUGGUUUUUUUCGGUUUCGUGAGAAAAAUAUUUUUCGACGCUGAACAUUGAUGGUAACUUCAGAGAGCUGUACAAUUUAUUAUAAUGAUUAUCAAGAAAGAAUGAUUUAUUCUUGGUUGCUUUUUUUGGAAGAUUAGUGAGGGACUUUCAACAAAAUUUGUUCGAAGUAGGGGUUUUGAUUUCUAACAAAAAAAAAUUUCUGGCAGAUAGAAGAUAGAAUCUAGAUUCAGUAUGUUGUACAGUAAAAAAAAACCUAGUUAGUCACAUUGGAUAUUAGGUCGAACCCUUCUCCUGUAACUUACAAAAUAUUUCACUAACCUUCCAAGAAAGUUUCCAGAAUCUAUCCCACUGUGUAAAUUUUUAAAAAAUUCUUAACACAAUUUUCCUGAAAGUAUCAAAUUGGAUCAAAAUUGGUUCCGAAUUAGAUCAAAAUUGGUUCCAAGUUGAAUCAAAAUUGGUACAAAGAAUUUGGAUCAAAAAUUGUACAAAGAGUUUGGUUCAAAAUUGGUACCAAAUUAGAGCAAAAUUGGUUUCAAAUUGAAUCAAGAUUGGUACAAAGAAUUUGGAUCAAAAUUCUAAAAAGAGUUUGGAUCAAAAUUGGUACUAAAUUAGAUCAAAAUUGGUUCCAAAUUGGAUCAAUGUUGGUACAAAGAAUUUGGAUCAAAAUUGUACAAAGAGUUUGGAUCAAAAUUGGUACCAAAUUGUAUCAAAAUUGAUGCCAAAUUAGCUCAAAAUUGGUUCCAAGUUGGAUCAAAGAUGGUACAAAGAAUUUGGACCAAAAUUGUUCAAAGAGUUUGGAUCAAAAUUGGUACCAAAUUGGAUCAAAAUCGGUACCAAAUGAGAUCAAAAUUGGUUCCAAGUUGGAUCAAUGUUGCUACAAAGAAUUUGGAUCAAAAUUGGUACCAAAUUAGAUCAAAAUUGGUUCCAAGUUAGACCAAAGUUGGUACAAAGAAUUUGGAUCAAAAUUGUACAAAUAAGAGUUUGGAUCAAAAUUGGUACCAAAUUAGAUCAAAAUUGGUUCCAAGUUAGACCAAAGUUGGUACAAAGAAUUUGGACCAAAAUUGUACAAAGAGUUUGGAUUAAAAUUGGUACCAAAUUGGAUCAAAUUGAUACAAAAAAUUUGGAUCAAAUUCUGAUUUGUUCCACAUUUUUGCUAUACCAAUUCAUUCCAAUUCUAUACUUUCAAGUUAAGGGUCAUUAUCAUAAACUUAGGCCCCUUAACACUGAAUAAGAAUUUUUAGAAAAUUGACAAUUAUUUGCCACUUUAGAUAAUUUUAAGACAUCCGUAAAAAAGUAAGUAAAAUCUUUUCUUUCCAAUAUCCGUUUGCAAAUUAUAUUAUUAUAUUGUAAAUUUUGGUAUUAGUAUAUAGUAGUGCCAGCGAAUAUAAUUUCCAGAAAAAAUACUCUUAUCUAUAAAUACAUGUACUAUGUCGGGUGGAUGUACACAUCGUUCGAUUUUAUAACUCGACAAGACUAUAUAUUAUAAAUGUUACAUUAGUAAAUUAGUAUUAUAUUAUCUCCCAUUUUAUACAUAUUAUAAUUACAUUAUUUACAAUCAAAGAGGCACGUGUAAAAAAUAUUUCAUUUUAUGUUUUACUCAUUAAAAAAGAAUCAUUCCUGCUUUUUGGGUAAUUUCUAAAAUAUAAUUAAAAAAAAUUAUGUAUUUCAGUAUUUUGAAAUAUUAUAAAUUUAUAAUUAUUAAUAUUAAUUAUGAAAGAAUAUUAAUUACGAAAGAUCAUUAAUCUUUUGAC